CUCGGUUAACAAGCUCGACAUUCGCGACAUCUCCCGCACAAUUGAACUCUACCCGCCCAGUGGAAUUUACAUCAAAACAAACAGAAACGCGAUGGCACUCCUUGGCACAGUCGCUGGUUUCUCCUUAUUCGGUCUUGCAGCGCGUUUCGGGCAGCUUGCAAUAAAGAAGAGAAAUCUCAUGGAGAACCUCGGGGGACACGCAUUGUCAAUGGGCGUUUUUGGUUAUGCUGGAUAUUGGGCGUACCAGUGGGACGAACGUGCGGCAGUUAUGCUUGCACAGAAGCGCGCGGAGAUUACUGAACGAAGAGAACGGAAGUUGGCGCAAGCUGCGUGAUUUAUUUAGAUUUUGUGGUACGGAGGUCAUACAUAGCGUACGCGGGAUACCAGCCUCGUUAAUGGGGUGUACUGUGUAUAUUAAGUAUGAAACUUCGACGCUGCGCUAAACGUUGAACCUUUUGGUUGUUGAGCAAUAUCAUCUUCCACAUCGGAAGCGCACUACGGAACCUCGUGUUUAUCAUACGCCAACUGCACGCCACAAAAUACUUCCUUUUGGUGCCAAUGCUGGAGUUGUCAUGGCAACACGCUCUCAAUGAUUUCUACAUGCCAUACAAAAUCCAAGUAUCAAGGACCAUGCGCG